AUGAAGAUGGCAAUUAUAAGCAGCUCAAUCCUAGUCCCUGCAAUCCUAGUUUUGAUGCUUCAAUACGAGGCCAUUCAUUCAGCGUCAACCACCUAUAUAGUCGGAGACGAGGAAGGUUGGGAUUUAUCAAUUGACCUGGAAGGCUGGACUAAAGGGAAGGAUUUUCAUGCCGGUGAUAUUUUAGAUUUCAUAUACGAUCGAGUACUGUUCAAUGUGGUAGUGGUCAAUCAAACAGGACAUGACACAUGCACAGUUAACGACGGAGCCACAGAGUUUACUUCAGGAGAUGAUAAAAUCCCUUUGGCCUUUGGAGCUAAUUAUUUUAUAUGCAGUAAAGAACCUGGUGCUUGUGCCGGCGGAAUGAAGAUGGCCAUCAACGCCACCGCACCACCACCACCACCAUCAAAAUAAAUAUUACAUAGCUAUUCAUUCAAGAACUUAUCUUGAAUUUAGCUAUUUAAUAAAAUUUUAAUUCACAUGUUG